AUGGAUAUCAUCGCAUCGCAAAGCUGGGCGUAUAUUCCAGAUCUGCCCGACGAUAUUGGUCCCAUCCGCAACCUGCUCCUCGUGUACAGCAGGAUCCCUGCAAGUGAUAUUGACAGCCACAUUCUACGAGUGGAUCAAGACGAAUUUGGUGCCACUUUUGUUGUUGGCGACAUGCUGGACCCCGAUGACACCAGGCUAGAUGACCUGUUGCACAAGGUUACCAUCAUAUAUGCAGGCAGUUUUUUCCACUUGUUCAACUGGACUCAACAAAUCUAUAUUGGCAAGCGACUGGUGGGAUUUCUCAAGCGCGGCACCAAAAAUGCCCUCAUCUAUGGCCGCCACAUUGGCACCACUCGGCCGGGUCCAUCUCCAUUGGGUAAUGAUAUGUCGCCAUAUCUCCACGACAAAGACAGCUUCCAGCGCCUUUGGGAUGAGGUUGGGUACUUGACAAAUACGAAGUGGGCUGUGGAGAUAGAACCUGCCGGCGAAAAGAUUGUUGAUGUACCACGCAUCGAUAGGGAUGCCCAGCCGGUCAACUUUGUCAUACACCAAAUAUCAUGA